AUGGCGAAAGCUGGUGAUAGUAUAGUCUAUAGUUGCUCAGAUAAAAAUAUUGAAAAUAACAAAUACAAUAAAAAAAUUGCAAACUCACUGCCUAAUAAUAAUCCAAUAAGUAAUUCAGAAGGUUAUAACAUUGACAUUGACAAAUGGGAGAUGAUAAAUGGCUUUGAUCUAUUUGAAACAGAUAGAGAUCCAAAUGAUGAAAUUAAUUCUAGCUGUUCCCUAGAAAAGUGGCUACUUUGUGGUUCUUGGACAAUGCCUUUCCCCAGCCAUAGGCUUGAUAAGCCCUUAAGCAAUAGGCCUAACAAUCAUGUGAAGAAAAAUGAUUUUGAAGUGCUAACUAAGGAAGAAAUUGUUGGGGAAUAUAGUUCUAAAUUGAUUGAAGAGAAUAUGAGAUAUAUAGAAUCUUCAUGUAAUUCAUCAUACAGUGACUCAUGUGAAAGCAGUGCAAAUUCUGAAGUAUACAAUAUGAAUUCAUACGACACAUUAAAGAUUACUAGGUUAUACUAUGAUUCCAAAGAAGAUAUUUCUAAUAAUGAUAAAAAUAAUAUUGAUGAUUCUACGCAUAUGAAAGUUAGAAAUUACAUCCCUUGUGUAAUGGAUGAAAAUGAUAUCAAUUCACUGAAGAUAUUGGAUGAAAAAUUGGGAGAUGCAUUCAAAAAAGUAAAUUCUAUGCACUUAGAAACUAAAAAUUUGAUAUCAAAUUUGUCCAAUUCAAUGCCAUGCCUUGACGAACUAAUGUCUACAACGCAUAGUCUCAAGUCUAAUACAGGAAAGUUUAAAUCAUCCUGCAACUGGGUUAUGAGGACUGCACAGAUGGAUUAUUACAAAUGUAUAUUGUUCAUUAUUUUCGGCGUAGGGUUUGCUAUUUGGACUCUUUAA